AUGACAAAAGCCUGGGCGGACAACAGGAAGACGAUACUGGGAUACUACCAGGCCAACAAGUACCCGCUCAACCAAGUCAUGGUUCUCAUGGCCACUAAUCACGGGUUUCACGCGUCACAGCGGGCGUACCGUGACCAAUUCCGCAAAUGGGGCAUUAAAAAAUACAACCGCAAGGAACGGCCAGUGUCUCGCAGUGGGCGAUGUUCAGAGCCCCGUGAAGGGGCACGACCUUCGUCGUCACCAACCAUCGCCUACUCUCCUUUAUCACAGGGAACUCCCCGGUCCAUCCACGCACAUAUGGAGCGCCAAGACGGAAUCAGCAUCCUGCAGACUGUGCCAUCUUCCUAUUCGGAUAUGGCAUCGCCAUACUCGGCGCCGACUCCAAACCCAGGCUUUUACAAUGACGGAUCCGUUUCGAACCCUGCAGGUCAAAGCAGUGCGCCGCAAGCCGCCGUGGGCAGAGAGUCGCCGUCUUCUUUUCUUUUUUUGCCGACUUCUGAUACCGGCACAACCAUGAAGCCGGCGGUGCCGUGGCAGAGUUCGAAUGGUGCCAAGAAGCAGCAAGACGAGCAGAACAACUACAAACUGCCGUACCGGUGCCGGACAGCUCUUGGUUCUUCCAAUGCCUGGACCAAUUCUCAGGCCCAUCAUGACCCGCGUCCACCAACCAAGGGUCUUGACAGCCCUUCGUUGCCUUUGGGCGACCUGCCCCCGGAGUAUCAGCAUCCGGCAAGGCAGUUUUGGGGCGUGAACCACAAGUGCCGCGAACUGGACGGAAAGCCGCGGGCCUUGGCUGCCUCGGAGCAUGUGUCUGUGACUGCUGCACCGCCGUAUGAGACCCGGCGGUACCAUCUAGUCUCCUCGCCGCCGCACUCUCAGGGCCAGCCACCGUCGCCGAGCGCUGCAAAGGCCAUAUUCGAACAGCAUCCGGUGCCAAGAACCCUGCCACUGUCACCAGUAUCGCUCCCUGAAAUUAUUGUCCAGCCGUGUCUGCAGCGGCAGGAUCACAGCUCUUCAUACCACCCAAGCGCUUUUCCAGGUACAAUGGAUUUUAUGCGGCCGUACGAUUCGGCGUACUCUGCGCGCGAGGGCCUAUCCGAGGCCCCUUCGACUCAUCAAGAGCCUGGGCCAACAUCGGUGGCAACGUCUACAUCCUGCCAUGAGUCGGGAUACCCCGGUUACCAUCUUGUUUGA